AUGGCCUCAGACACAUCGAAAUCAGCCAACCCCCGUCCUAAUUUGCAGCUUCGCACGGCCCAGCUGUCAGACCUACCGGCCAUGGCUCGUGUAUGGCACGCCGCCUUCUUCGACGACGACAUCAUAGGACAUCUGAUGCACCCAAACCGCAACGAGCAUCCCGAGGACGUGUAUUGGUUUCUACUUCGCGGCUUGCGUGAACGGUUCUGGGAGUGGCGACACCAAUUCGUCCUUGUCACCGUACACGAACAUGGGAAAGAAAGGAUUGCGGGCGCUGCUGAUUGGCGGAGGUUAGGCGAGGGUGGACAGAGGAGGGAGUUGGCCAAAGUGGACCCCCGCAACCUGAUCAGUCCGGCACUGAACCUCUACCACUCCCUUUCGCUGCGCCUUUUCCCAAAUCGCGCUGCGGACCCUAAGAAUGCCGAAUGGCUCACGGCCGCUGUAGCAAACUCGGAAAAGUACUGGUCCGGCGACCGUGCCGAGUGCUGGGACCUGCAUGUUUGCGGUGUGCAUCCCGACUUCCAAGGCAGGGGUCUAGGCAAACUGCUGGUGCAGUGGGGUGUAGAGCAGGCCAAAUCUGAGGGCGAAAAUGUCGUGGCAAGUGUGCUAUGCGGCGAAAAGAACCGUGGGUUCUACGGGAAGGGUGGUCUGACUGUACAGGUUGGUGCAAGUGAGAAUGGUAUUGCAUUGUUUACUAAGUAA